GAAAGUCAGAGGGUCGCUGGGUGCCACGUCAAAGAGAGUAGGGUAUGAAGCGGAGUGAGACAUUUGAAAGGGAGAAGGAGGGGGGAGCCCGCGGAAGGAAACGGCAAAUGAGUGAGGUGGAGAGAAGUUGGAAAAUGGGGAAGUGGAGGGAAAGGUCGAGGAGAUUGGUGAAUGGAAGAGUUUGAGUUUGCGUCUAGAAGUGCCUCAAUUUCCACAAGAAGUGCCUUGAAUUCAGCCCCCAACUACGAAAACUGCCUUCUCAUUCCCAUGACUACUUCUUCCUUCUUUGCUCAUUCAUUUACCUUUUCAUCUUGCAUUUAAACCCCCUUCACCCCCCACCCCCCAACCUCUUUCUCUUCUCCUCUCACUCUAUUUAGCAAAUAACCGAACACCUGUGUUGGAUGUAGAUAAUAUAAACAAAAAAGGAUAAGGGUAGCAGAUACUGAUUCCAUUAGAAGAAGAAUCUCAAAAGCAACUAUGGCAUAGUAAUUUUGAAGAUUCAAGGAAAUGCCAAAAACUUUUCCCAUUGCUAUGUUUUGCAAAACUUAUCAACCCUGGGAUUGGAUUAAGUAAGAUGUUUCAUUGUUGUAUGGAGGACUUAUGUAAACACCCUUUCAGGAUAAGGAAAAUAAAAGAGAGAGAGAGAGAGAGAGAGAGAGAGAGGGACCUGUCCUUUUCCUUUAUAGCUUGGUUAACUAUUUACCCUGGUUUUAGACUUAGAAGUAAGAACCCUUUAAAUGAACGAAAAAUCAGAAGGCUUUUGUCGAUGUCUAUUUCUCACCAUAUGGCACGCACCAAAAUUCUAACUACUUUCUUCAUUUUCUCCAGCUCUUUGUCAUUUGAAGAAUUUUGUUUAUGAAAUGGGAUUUUUAGAAAUUACUGGUGUACUAUAAACAAAAGUUGGUCCAGAACAGAAACACUUGUUCUGUGUUUGGUUCUUCGCCUAUUUAAAAUAUUUUUCAAUCCUUUUCCUUUUUUUUCUUAUCAUCUUGUAGAUGGGUUUUGCUGUAGUAUAUAUGUAUUUGUGAUCUAAAUUUUUGUAUUCUGUGAGUGAACUUUCCUAAUUCUUAUCUCCUCAAUGUUUUUAGUGAUUUCACGGUAGAUUGGAGUACAAGAAUAAUAUCUGAUGUCUUCUCUAAACUAUUCAACAAAUAUAUUUUGGCAAGAAUGUCCUGUUGGGAAGGUUGAAAGGGCAAAACUACUUAACCAAAAAGGAUGUGUUGUAUAGAUUACGGGUCUCAGCAGAUCAGGAAAAAAUUUACAGGGAAAAGCACACUUGCAUACACAGUAAGUAGAGAACUGCACUCUAAGGGAAAGCUUUCCUAUGUUCUUGAUGGAGAUAAUCUUCGGCAUGGACUAAACAAGAAUCUUGGUUUCAAACCUGAAGACCGGACUGAAAAUAUACGUAGAGUUGGUAUGUUUCUUUCGAUGGAUUUCUUAAAGAAUAUGGAGAUUGUUAAGUUUCAAUUCAAGCUUUCCCUGCAAAUCACUCUGACAAGGCAUAAACAAAUUCUGAUAUCUCCCUAUAGGAAAGAUCGGGAUGCUUGCCGGGCAAUGUUGCCAGAUUCAAAUUUUAUUGAGGUUUUCAUGAACAUGCCUUUGGAAUUAUGCAAGUUAAGAGAUGCAAAAGGCCUUUACAAGCUUGCACGUGCAGGAAAGAUUAAAGGUAUACUUUUGGGAACAUACCUUUUCUAUAGCUUUUGUUUGCUGGAGUGGAUUUACCUGCUCCUUUAUUUCCACAGCCCCUGUAUAUAUGGGUAUAGAGUAUAGUAACACCAAAAUAAGAAUUAUAUAAAAAUUUAAGUGAAAGAAAUUCAAUUCUAAGGUUGACAAAGGAUAUGAAA